AUGCAUAUCAAGGACAAGCUCGCACAGAAUGAGGCGGCGGGGAGGACGGGAAUCUCCUUCGAGUUCUUCCCUCCCAAGACUGCCCAGGGUGUGCAGAAUCUGUACGAUCGCAUGGAUCGUAUGCACGCGUUGGGCCCCAGCUUCAUUGACAUCACCUGGGGCGCCGGCGGUCGCUUGUCGGAUCUGACCUGCGAGAUGGUCAACGUCGCCCAGUCGGUCUACGGCCUGGAGACCUGCAUGCAUCUGACCUGCACCGACAUGGGAAUCGAGAAGGUGGAUGCGGCCCUGCAGGCCGCCUACAAGACCGGCUGCACCAACAUUCUUGCCCUUCGCGGAGACCCGCCUCGUGAACAGGAGCAUUGGGAGGCCGUCGAUGGGGGAUUCCGCUACGCGAAGGAUCUGGUCAAAUAUAUCCGCGACAAGUAUGGAAACCACUUCGAUAUCGGUGUCGGCGGUUACCCGGAGGGCGCAGACGACAACUCGGACGUGGAUCAAUUGAUCGAUCACUUGAAGGAGAAGGUGGAUGCGGGGAGCUCGUUCGUGGUCACUCAGAUGUUCUACGACACGGAUAACUUCAUCAGCUGGGUUAAGAAGUGUCGGGAGAAGGGGAUCCACGUGCCUAUCAUCCCCGGUAUCAUGCCGAUUCAGACUUAUGCGGCCUUCCUGCGACGAGCGAACUGGACCAAGAUCCACAUCCCCCCGUCCUGGCUGGAAGCGUUGGAGCCCGUCAAGAAUGACGAUGCGGCCGUGAGGGAGAUUGGAAAAGUCCUCAUUGCGGACAUGUGCCGGAAACUCAUGGCGUCGGGCAUCAACCAUUUGCAUUUCUACACGAUGAACCUGGCCCAGUCGACGCAACAGGUCCUCGGAGAACUGAAUCUCCUCCCGUCCGAGGAGACGCCUCUGCAACGGCCCCUGCCGUGGCGGCCAUCGCUGGGUCUCAACCGCAGAGGCGAAGACGUCCGUCCCAUCUUCUGGCGGAACCGGAAUUCCUCCUACGUGGCUCGUACCCAGACCUGGGACGAAUUCCCGAACGGACGGUGGACCGAUUCCCGGUCCCCCGCGUUCGGUGAGCUCGAUUCCUACGGGAUCGGCCUCAAAGGCACCAACGAACAAAACAUCAAGCUGUGGGGCGAACCCAAGUCUGUCCGCGAUCUCUCUCACCUCUUUACUCGCUACCUGGAAGGAAAGCUCGACCGUCUGCCCUGGUGUGACACCCCCAUCACCUCCGAAGCGAACGAAAUUGGAGGCGAGCUGCUCGAGUUGAACAAGCGCGGGCUUCUCACCAUCAACUCCCAGCCGGCGGUCAAUGGCGCGCGAUCAUCCCACUCCGUGUACGGAUGGGGUCCCAAGAACGGAUUCGUCUACCAGAAGGCAUACCUCGAACUGUUGGUGCCCCCAUACCUGCUCGACGAGCUGAUCGCGCGGAUCGAGAAGAACGAGGACCUCACCUACCACGCCGUGUCCAAGAGCGGCGAGCUCCGCACCAACACCCGUGACACCCCCAAUGCCUUGACGUGGGGUAUCUUUGCCGGGCGCGAGAUCGUUCAACCGACCGUGGUGGAGACCGUCAGCUUCUUGGCGUGGAAGGACGAGGCCUAUCGUCUGGGAGAGGACUGGGCCAAGUGCCAUGAUGCCGCCAGUCCGAGCAGAAAGCUGAUCCAGAGUGUCGUGGACACCUGGUACCUGGUGAACAUCGUGAACAACGACUUCCACAACACAUACAACCUCUUUGAGCUGUUCAAGGAUCUGGACGUCAAGGACCUCGACGUCGAAGUCGCCACUGAACAGAAGGCCCAGCCAACCGUGGCUGUCAACGAAGUUACUCCGGAGGUGCCAACCAAGAACUAG